UCGGUAAGCGACUGUAUAAAAUGGGAUAUAUCUAGAUUUGUCCUAAGUGUCGGCGAAGGGCGGUUGGGGUGGACGAAAACGUUGUGCAGGCUAUGAGAAGGUGGCGUCUAAUAGCCCGCCAACAGCCAGGAAAAGAUGAUCUUCGUUUCCAUGCGCAUCGAUGACGGCCGUAGGAUUUUUGGAUGACAGCAACGGGUGUGGUCUUUUAUUAUUCGGGAGAGGGGCAUGGUUGAAUUAAGUAAUUUUGUUUACUUUUCUCGUGUUGUAUAUAUGUGCGUCCCUUCACAAAGAAUUUAAUGCCAAUUCGGCUAGGUAAUGAAUAGAGAGAGGCCUUGAUGUGUACCGUUUCAGCUCGGCAUGUCACUAAUUGGAAGAUUGAAUCAUGCCGGAUACUGGCUGCCGUAGACCAAGAUGGAGGGAGCACAUCGUUGCUUCACAACUGUUGUAGGCCGCUUAUUCAUCGCCUGACCACCAUCACUAUGCACAUUCAAAGUUUGGUGGACAGCGGCUCACCUCCCUCAAAACUGGGUGAAUUCUACUCGGCAAUUCUGCAACUUGGACAAACUUGCAAUGAUUUUGCGAUUUCUUGCGUUAGCGGCGAACUCCUCUUGGAGCUAGCUCCGACAGCCGAGAGACAAUCUUGCUUGAUGGGGAAGCUGAUUGGCACAUCUCCGAGGAAGCUGGGGAAAAGUUGGUGGCGCUCAAGUUGGGAUGACCUAGCCCUUGGGACUGGCGUUUUGGAAGCUGAUAUCCCAUGGCUUUGUGGCGCUGACGGGAUGUUUGACAUGAAGCGCUCCGUAUUUUGCAAGGGAGGGAGAGAGAGAGGGCAUCCGGCUUUGGCAGGCAUUAUGCGGACUCAGCGGCGGAAAUACUACUCGAAACAUGAUCCUUGCGUGGUGGUAAGAGAGACGGCGCUUACAUACUUGUAACGCAACGUCAAUGACAUGUCUGGCCGUGAGCGGGUUGGAACUGAAAUCAGCAUUUGGGCUAGGACACCAAUGCUGCUUGCUCGGAAUGAUCCAGAGGUAAAGACAUUUUAUGUCCGCCUCUCCGCCCUCGCCCGUUACACCGAUCACGCGGGCAUUGUAAACUUUUGGGGGCUUCUUAGAUGAGGUCGGCAAG